AUGACGUCCCGAAUGCGCCUCCAGCCCGUGCCGCCAGAGCAACUCUCCCCCCCGCAGCGCGAGCUGUACGACGACGUGGUGGAAAACAUCGUCAAGACGCUCGACGACAAGAAGUCGUUCAUCACGCGGGACGAACGCGGCGCCUUGCUGGGCCCUUGGAACGCGUGGAUCCACGAGCCCGUGGUCGGCGGCGCCAUGUGGCACCUCAGCAAAGUCAUGUUCCGCUCCGCGAAGCUGCCCGAGACGCUGCGGCAAGUCGCCAUCCUGACGGUGGGCUCGCACUACCGCGCCGCGUAUGAGGUGUAUGCGCAUUCGGGCCUGUCGCGGCACUACUUUUCCCAGGAACAGGUCGCGGCGCUGGCGAGUGGGGAGGCGCCCAGGGAUCUGUCGCCGGAUGAGAUGCUGGUUUAUAGGAUCUCAAAGGCGUUGGUGGUCGGGGGUCCGCUGCCGGAUGAUCUCUAUGCCAAAGGUGUCGAGGUGCUGGGACAGAGCUUGCUGACAGAGCUGAUCUUUUUGGUGUCGCUGUAUGCUUUGGUUUCGGUCAAUCUCAACGGGUUCAAUGUCCCCGUGCCUGCGGAAGGGUUAUAG